GUGGAGGGCAUCAAGAGCAUUGACUCACUGUCUCAUACUGUCUCAUUUUGCCAGCCGAUAUCUGUUUCUACGACCUAAAUACAAAAAUAUAUAUCGCACACGACAGCGGGUACGAAAAGCAUGCGUCGGAUCCACGUCGUUGCACUCGUCGCCCUCUCGUCGUCCGGGACGGAGAGCUUUGUGCUGCUGGCUGGCCGCGGCGCCCGGUGGUCGACCCGUCCCGCCACCGCCACGACGCUCUCGUCCGAGGAGCGUUUCGCGGAGGAACUGCAAGGGCUCCCCUCCGCCGUGGAUCAGCUGCGCGCGAUCGACGCGAACGGCGACGGGCUGGGCACGACCGCGCCGUUCGCCGUCGUGCUCGCGACGGCCGCGGCGUCGGACGCGCCGGCGGCGGCGGUGGCCGCGCUCGUGGGCCACGUCGCGCGGCCGUGUCCACCGCGCCGGGCUCUUCGUGCCCACUCGUUCGAUCGCGCAGGUCAUGGCCCGCGUCAAGCGGGCCGGCGUGGCUGUCGACGACGCUUUGCGCGCGGCCGCGUCCAGGGAGCCGGCGGCCCCCCUUUCUUCUCAAUCGUGCGAUCACCCAGGCUCACCGCGCUGGCGCCCGCUCUCCUUCGCGCGCGCAAGGAUGCGGAAUGCCUCGCGGCCGUCGGGGCCCUUUCCGCGAGAACGGCGUCCGACGUCCGUUGUGGCGUCGCCGCAGCCGCGCGGAGCCGCGACGACGCGCAGCUCCGCGCGUACGUGGCCGAGGCGGCGGCCGACGAGGACACGCUCAAGACGCUGGACGACGCCUCCUUGAAGGCGGCGAUGCGGGGUCUCGCGAAGAAAGGCGACCACCGCACGGCCUACUCGCUACUCGACGCGCUCCCCGCGGAGCGGAGGAGCCCGCUGCUCUACCAUGGGGCCAUCACGGCCUGCGGGCGGUCGCGGCCGAUCAAGGGUCGCACGGCGAUGCUUCUUUGGAGGCGCAUGAAGGAGGAAAACGUGACCGUGCCGCGCGCGACGUACAACGCCUUGCUCCACGCGGCGCAGGGCUCGCUGACGGAAAACGCCACUUCUGCGCUGCUAGCGGCGAUGGAUCGCGACGGCGUCGCUCUCAACGUCGUGUCCUACGCAGUGCACGAAUCAAAUUUCGCGGCGCCCGCGCCGUCGACGCGAUGCCUGCUCGAUGGCGUGGCGGCGCGGGUCUCGCACCGCCCGGCUGGGCGCCCCCGACGCGCUGGUUGAUUUGCGCACAGGUCCUACAACGUGGCCCUCAACUCGCUCGCGAAGCAGGGGCGGUUUUCCGAAGUGCUCAGUCUCCUCGAAGCGAUGGAAUCUGCCUCCAUCAAGCCGACCGAGGUGACGUUCGGGACCGCGAUCAACGGCGCGGCGCGCGCGAACAACUCGGCCGCGGCCGUCGCGCUGCUGGGGGCGCAGACGUCCGUGGGACUGCCCCUGGGCGACCCGGCGUUCGCGUCCGCGUUGGAGGCGUGCCUCAACGACCCGGACACGGCGGCUGGGGCCUCGCGGGCGGCCGAGGUUCUCGACGCGCUCGCCGCGGCGGACGUGAGCCUCAAGCGGCGCGAGCGCGUCGAGGAACUUGCGCGCGCCGCCAUCUCGCGCAACCGCGCCGCCGUGGACGACGACCGCCUGAAGCGCGACGAGGACAUCCUCGGUAUGGUCCUGCAGAAUCGCCGCGUCGAGGUCUAGGAUGAUGAUAUAUAAGUUAAGUGACUUUUUACACCACUA